ACAAAAGUGAACUCCCUCCAGGUCAUCAAGCCAAUGAGAAAACACCUUCUUCAAAUUGUAACUUAAAUGUUCAAAGUUCAUCAAAAUCUUUUGAAACUUAAACAGCACUAGCCACUGGAACUUGAAAAAAAUUGAAAAAAAGCUUUUGCCAUGUGGCUCUAUCUGGCUGCCCUCCUGGGGCUUUACUUCCUCCGCCGAUGGUACCAGGAGAAACAAAUUGUGGAGAACCUGACAGAGAAAUAUGUCUUCAUCACUGGCUGUGACUCUGGCUUUGGGAACCAGCUUGCCAGACAGCUAGAUGCCCGGGGGAUGCAAGUGUUGGCAGCUUGUUUCAACCAGAAAGGGGCAGAACAGUUAGAGAAUGUCACAUCAGAGCGGCUGAAAACCACCAUUUUGGAUGUCACCAGCACAGAAAGUGUGGCAGCAGUGACGAAGUGGGUGAAAGAAUGCAUUGACAAGAAAGGGCUCUGGGGCUUGGUGAACAAUGCAGGGAUUGCAUGCCCACUGGCCCCCAACGAGUGGUUGAACAAGGCUGACUUUGCAAAGGUCCUGGAGGUCAACCUGCUUGGAGUGGUUGACGUAACACUGCACUUGCUGCCUUUAGUGAGGAAAGCUCAAGGAAGGGUGAUCAAUGUGAGCAGUAUGGCUGGAAGGUUUGCAUGGAGUGGAGGAGGCUAUAGUCCUUCAAAAUUUGCCUUGGAAGCAUUCUCUGACAGUCUCAGGCGCGAAUUACGUCCUUUUGGAGUCAGUGUCAGCAUCAUUGAACCGGGCAGCUUUUACACGGGAAUAAAUAAAGAAGUAAACAAUUUCUUCAGCACUUUAUGGAGCAAAGUGCCUGCUGACAUAAAAGAACUAUAUGGGCAGCAGUACUGGAAAAACAUUAACAAGACAUUUGUUGGUGCCAGAUGGCGGACAAAAAACCUCUGUCUUGUCACAGACUGUAUGGAGCAUGCACUGACCUCCUACUAUCCCCGCAGCCGCUAUUCUGCAGGUUGGGAUGCCAAAUUAUUUUUCCUUCCCCUUUCCUACUUGCCAGCCUCACUUAUGGAUUUUAUUGCAACAUAUGGCAAUCCCAAACCAGACAAAGCCAUUUACUGAUCACAGGCACACAAUGUUUACAAGAGUGAAACAAUAUAACCUGCAAAGGAUGUUGGUUUUUCCAAAGCGUACUGGUUCUUUAAAAAAAAAAACACUAUUAGACUGGCACAAAGCUGAAGAUGUUUAGUAGUGUCAGGUGCUAAUUUACAUGAAGCUGAGGUUUUAAACUGAGAUUCAGUAGUUCUCAGAUGAUGAUGAAAUUUGUAUGUCACACCACCUCAAAAUAAAUGUUGGCCUGUCCACUU